AUGGACGAAAAUUACGGAGGCGGAUUUGAUUUGAUUUCAGCAGAUAUCGAAAAGAGUUAUAUUCGACAAAAUUUACCCAUUCGACGUCAAAGUCUCAUUGUUUACCAUGACCAACUUCAUGCCAGGUCAGAAUCGACUCGCAAAGAAUUGUGGAAUGAUAUGCAACCACUCUCUAAACUCAAGAGUGUAUUUUCUCGACUCCACCCAAAUGAAACAUUGACAACAUCUAAACGAAGUCAUUGUAACCACGAUGUAAAGAAAAAGAAAAAAAAGUCAACAGGGAAAAAUCAUCAUGCAGGCAUCAUUUAUACUGCAUUAUUAUCACAUGUAUCCAAAGAUUUCUUGAAAAAGAUACAAUUGUCAACGAUUGGAGAAUAUCAUGACGUCUUUGAUGGAACCACAGCUGUGAAUUGCAUUCUGGAUAUUCUAAAUACAAAUGACAGAAAUUUGGCCUUGUUGGUGGGUAGAGCCUUGGAAAAUCAAGAUUUGUUUCACCACGUGGACUAUAAAUACAAAUUACGAGAUUCAGAUACAGAAUUAUAUCAAUUUCAAUUUAUUCAUCAUGACGAUACCAUCUUUCUCGAGACAAUGUCAGUGCCAUCGGCUUGUAAAACAUUACCCAUAAAUGGUAUCUUUUCUGUUUUAACAGAUUGUUAUUCACCAACAUGCACAAGAAAAAGUCCGUGCUAUAGUAUCAGCUGUCCCCGGAUGAAGGAAAAAAAAAUCUUCCCCCCCAUCCUCUUCUUACUACUAAUGAUCCCCUUCCUAAAAAAAAAAAAAAAAAAAAAGCGUUCCUUAUGGAGACAUUCAGUACCUUUAAAUGUUGUCCUGGGUGCUAACAAUCUAGAGCAAAAACGUCAAGAAUGCAUCUAUGAGCUUAUCUAUACCGAAGAAGAUUUCACAAAAGACAUGCAUUAUGUGCAAGACUUUUGGAUAGAACCUAUUCGAUGGGGAGAUAUCAUCCCGAUUGAAAGAAGAAAUGAUUUUAUAACAGAUGUAUUUUGGAACAUCAAGGAUAUUGAAAGAGUGAGUUCUGCACUCUCCAAGGACCUCACAAGCAGACAAGAUAAACAUACGAUUAUACCAAGGAUCGGUGAUAUUCUCUUGAAUCACGUCAAGGAUUUUCAACCGUUUGUGAUUUACGGUGCUCAUCAAAUCAUUGGCAAACACGAGUACGAAUUAGAAAAGAAACGAAACGUCAAACUACAACAGUUUGCAGAAAAGUUGGAGAGACAACCUGAAUCGCGUCGGUUGGAAUUAAAUGGUUAUUUGACAAAGCCCACGUUAAGAUUAGGCCGGUAUAACCUGUUACUGAAUACCAUUCAUCAACUCACCCCAGCCAAUCAUCAGGAUUAUCAGGAUCUACCAAAAGUCAUUCGGACCAUUACCGAGUUUAUGAUCCUGUUGAAUAAAAAGGUUGGGUUGUCGGAUAAUGCGUUUCAUCUAGAGCAAAUAGCUUCAAAGAUACUACCCACUAAAGGACUUGCGAAUUUGGACCUGUUGGAUCCAAAGCGACAACUGAUUAUGCGUGGAAAGAUGAAGCGCUUUAAUGAUCAAACUUGGGAUAUUCAAGUAUUUCUAUUUGAUCAUUAUCUCGUCAUUUGUAAAAUAAAAUACCAAGAUGGGUUAGAGUACUAUAAAGUAUAUGGAAAGGUAAAUCUGUGA